GAACAACCCAUAAUUCAGAUAAGCAGAAAAACAUGGCAGAAAGUAGCUAGCUAAGUAUAGGAUUUACAGUAGGGUGAAGGGAGAAAGGAAUACCUUUGGAGUCCUCCAUGACGUGUAUGGUGGUGGGACCGGGCAUGACAUGUAGAGGCGGUUAUGGGCGGCAGCAUGAAGCCAUUGUCGUCACUCAUGCAAUUAAGCUCUCAUAGCCCCAUAAAUAACAGAGCAGGGGGCCUUUUUGCAUAAGCUCUGAUCAUUUGCUCAGGUAUUAUUUUUCUGUGCAGGAGAAUUUUAGGGAAUUUUUGUCGAGGGUUGAUUGAUUUUGAGCCAUGGCUAAGGAAGAAGGCAAGGAGGUGGUAGAGCAGCAGGGGCUUGCAGCCAAGGAUUACACAGACCCACCCCCUGCACCUCUGGUGGAUUUUGAAGAAUUCAAGCUCUGGUCUUUUUACAGAGCUCUGAUUGCUGAGUUCAUUGCUACAUUGUUGUUUCUUUACAUCACAGUUGCUACUGUGAUUGGUCACAAGAGAACUGCUGCAAACUGUGGAAGUGUUGGGAUUCUGGGUAUUGCUUGGGCCUUUGGGGGCAUGAUCUUUGUGCUGGUUUACUGCACUGCUGGUAUUUCAGGUGGGCAUAUCAAUCCUGCUGUCACUUUUGGCCUGUUUUUGGCUAGAAAGGUGUCCUUACCAAGGGCUGUUCUGUACAUGGUGGCUCAGUGUCUGGGUGCCAUCUGUGGGGUUGGACUUGUAAAGGCAUUCCAGAAGAGUUUCUAUGACAUGUAUGGAGGUGGGGCUAACUCAGUAGCCCCUGGUUACUCCAAGGGUACUGGUUUGGGUGCUGAAAUAAUUGGAACUUUUGUGUUGGUGUACACUGUUUUCUCUGCAACUGAUCCUAAACGCAGUGCCCGAGACUCUCAUGUUCCUGUCUUGGCUCCAUUGCCUAUUGGGUUUGCUGUUUUCAUGGUACACUUGGCCACCAUCCCUAUCACAGGAACUGGCAUCAACCCUGCAAGGAGCUUUGGAGCUGCUGUAAUUUAUGGUCAUGAUAAAAUCUGGGACGACCAGUGGAUUUUCUGGGUUGGUCCCUUCCUUGGAGCUUUUGCAGCUGCUUUCUAUCACCAGUACAUUCUAAGGGCAGCAGCCAUAAAGGCUUUGGGCUCAUUCCGUAGCAACCCCAAUGUGUAAAGCAGUAGCACUGAUGCAGUUGCAGUUGUUUGUGUUAAGUCUUUAAGUCUGUAGGCCUAAAGUAAGUAAUUUUCAUGGAAGGGGUAUGUAAAGAACUGGAUGAGACCGGGGGGCAUCAUGUUGAAGAGAGUAGUGGGUACAAACAAUCUUGUUAAAGUUCUCUCAUUCAUAACUCUGAGUGGUAGUGUUGUAGUAGUACUUGCUAUUCUCUGUAGCAGCAGGGCAGCAAGGUGGUGGAAGUUUUUUCUGUAUUUUGGAGUGAAUAUGGUUGCAUCAGCAGCAGUACUGUAAGCAUGAGUGUAUUUAGAACCAGCAAUCCCCCUCUCUAACAGAGGUGGGAGAAUUGUUCAUAUGUUUCUUGAAUCUUCCUACCCUGUAUUGUUCAUAUCAGGGGAAUCCAGUGCAGGAGUUUAAUCACUGUAAUUAUGGUGUUUUGUAUGCAUUCUUCUUCUAAAAGCAGCAAUAUGUGGACAGUUGUCCAAGUCAUUCAUUGGAAUUAGAAAUCUCUUUCAAGUUUAA